CGGUUCCAUCCGGGACAGUUUUCUGGGAUUCAGGGACCGCGGCUCUAAUGGCUGACUGGGUGGAAGCACUGGAUUGACUGGUUCUGAUGCUGGCAUCUCUGAUAUUGUAAACUCUGACUUUUACAUUACUUGAAGGAAAGAAACACAAGCCAGGGGACAAGGCCAGUUUGUCUGAGAACUCUCACAAUGUCUAAGACCAGAGAGUCGGUGAAGGUGGUGGUCCGCUGUCGGCCCAUGAAUGAGAAGGAGCGUGCAGCCAACUUUGAGAGGGUGGUGGAGGUGGAUGUGGAGCUUGGCCAGGUGGCCGUGAGAAACCCCCGGGGCGCUGCAGCCCACCAACACCCCAAGGUCUUUACAUUUGACUCUGUGUACGACUGGAACUCCAAACAGGUGGACCUCUAUGAUGAAACCUUCAGGCCUCUGGUGGACUCUGUCUUGCUUGGUUUCAAUGGGACCAUAUUUGCGUAUGGCCAGACAGGUACAGGAAAGACCUACACUAUGGAGGGGGUGCACAGUGACCCAGAGAGAAGGGGUGUAAUCCCCAAUUCCUUUGAGCACAUCUUCACACACAUCUCCCGCUCCCAGAACCAGCAGUACCUGGUGAGGGCCUCUUACCUGGAGAUCUACCAAGAGGAGAUCAGGGACCUGCUGUCCAAGGACCAGUCCUGCCGUCUGGAGCUGAAAGAGAGGCCAGACACAGGUGUAUACGUCAAGGACCUCUCCUCCUUCGUCACUAAGAGUGUACGAGAAAUAGAGCACGUCAUGAACGUGGGGAACCAGAACCGCUCGGUGGGCUCCACCAAUAUGAAUGAGCACAGUUCCCGGUCACAUGCCAUUUUCGUCAUUACCAUUGAGUGCAGCGAGAUGGGCGUCGACGGAGAGAACCACAUUCGAGUGGGCAAACUGAACCUGGUGGACCUGGCUGGUAGUGAGAGGCAGACAAAGACAGGAGCCCAGGGAGAGCGCCUGAAGGAAGCCACCAAGAUCAACCUGUCCCUGUCAGCCUUGGGGAAUGUCAUCUCUGCCCUGGUGGACGGCAGGAGCACCCACAUCCCCUACCGCGACUCCAAGCUCACCCGCCUGCUGCAGGACUCCCUGGGGGGCAAUGCCCGCACAGUCAUGGUGGCUAACAUCGGACCAGCCUCUUACAACGUGGAGGAGACACUGACCACAUUACGCUACUCAAACCGGGCCAAGAACAUCAAGAACAAGCCCCGCGUCAACGAGGACCCCAAAGAUGCUCUGCUCAGGGAGUUCCAGGAAGAGAUUGCCCGGCUCAAAGAGCAGUUAGAGAAACGCUCAGGGAAGAAGAGGAGGAGGAGGAGGGUUGGAGAAGCUGGGGAAGAGCUAGAAGAGGACACGGAGGAUGGAGAGACAGAGGAGGAGGAUGAUGAUGAUGAUGGUGUAGAACCAUCUGAUAAAGUGGGUGCAGAUUAUUGGCGUGAACAGCAGGAGAAGUUGGAGAGGGAGAGGAAGGCUAUCAUGGAGGAUCACAGUCUAGUGGCGGAAGAGAAACGGAGGCUGCUGAAAGAGAAGGCGAGGAAGAUGGACGCCCUCAAAAGGGAGCAGGAAGCAGGCGAGAUGCUGACUGCCAAAGUCAAGACGAUGGAGAGUAAACUUCUGAUGGGGGGGAAGAACAUUGUGGACCACACCAAUGAGCAACAAAGGAUCCUCGAACAGAAGCGACAGGAAAUAGCUGAGCAGAAACGCAGAGAGAGGGAGAUGCAACAGCAGGUGGAGAAUCGUGAUGAGGAGACCCUGGAGUUGAAGGAAACAUACAGCUCUCUACAGCAGGAAGUGGACAUCAAGACCAAGAAGCUGAAAAAGCUGUUUGCCAAGCUGCAGGCAGUGAAAAAUGAGAUCCAUGAGGUCCAGGAGUUGCACAUCAAGGACAGACAGGAGCUGGAGCAGACCCAGAACGAGUUGACCAGGGAUCUCAAACUCAAGCAUCUCGUCAUUGAGAACUUCAUCCCCAUGGAGGAGAAGAAUAAGAUCGUGAACAGGGCGUUCAUCGAGGAGGAGGACGACAACUGGAAGAUGCGUCCCAUCACACGCAUAGAGGAUGACCAGCAGAUGAUGACCAGGCCAGUGUCAGCGGUGGGCUACAGAAGACCCCUGAGCCAGCACGCCCGCACGUCCAUGGUGAUGAGGGCUGACGUCAGAUACAAGGCUGAGAAUAUCCUGAUGCUGGGGAUGGACCUGCCUGCUCGGACCACUAAGGAGUAUGAGGAGCCGGUCUUAGCACCCACGGUAGCAGCAGCGUUGGAGGAUGCACUGCGGGAAGAGGAUGAGAUCCAGGUGGAUGCCUCCGGAUUCCACAGCGGCCUCGGGCCCACCAGCACUGGGGCAGUCAAGAAACCAAAGUCUGGCCGACCUAAAACCGGUAAGAAGACUGGCACCUCUACCUCUCACACCCCCACCUCUCCAUACAGACCCUCCAGCCCAGGACAUCCUUUAUACCCACAAUCCCGUGGGCUGGUGCCCAAGUGAUAACUCCACACCUUUCCUGUUUCUGGACCCAAAAUUGAACAGACUGCUUUUGGUUUUGUUUUUCUACUGAGUCUUGCAGACUGAUUUGUGGAAAGUGAAGGAGACUCAAGACUCUGAUUCCAAGCUGCUUUUAUUUUACCUGAGACCAUAGCUCUUAUCUUUUUUGCUUUUUUGAAGAGAUUUGUAACUACCUUACCAACCCAAAUGGUUACUGCAGUACAAUACUAUGCCAUCUGUGCACGAUGUUCCAGAGACUAGCAGUUGAAUACUACCUUCCCUUAAGUCUGGCCUAAGUCUUAUGUGUCCCACACAUGUUCUCAAUGUAAACCGAUAAGGAUGGUCUCGUCUAGACGAAUCCUUUUUCGAGCUCUAGUUCUCUACAAUGCACGUGUCCUCCUGGGCCCCUCCCAGGUCUGCAGUGUGUGAUGGGAGGAGAUGUGAACAUGUGGGCUGGCAUCUGAAAGGGCAGAUUACACCUGGAUCUAAAUGCUUUGCUGUACAUGUCAAUGACAUGCUGUGUGUGUGUUUUGUAAGCGUGUCUUUGUGCUGUGCGUCUGUUCUCAAUGUCCCUACUUUUAAGUUUACAAUCUGUUAUGCAGGAGGUCGUUCUGUCUGUACAGAGUUGAGCUUUAAGUCUCUGUCCUAAGUAAGUGGGGAGUGUUUUUUGUGUUUGUACUGCAUGAUGAACUAACUGUAUAGGCUGGAGGGUGAAGCACACUCCAACACGUCUGUCAUGUCACUGCUGGAAUCACUACAUGCUGUUCUUCCUGGAGCACAUACAGUUGAAGUCGGAAGUUUAUAUACACCUUAGCCAAACACAUUUAAACUCAGUUUUUCACAAUUCC